AAACUGGUAGAAAAUAGCAGACAACGAUCAAAUGUUGACAAGAAAAAUUUCGAAAUCGACAUUAGACAAUAAAUAUAAAAGGUGAUAAAAUGAAUGUCGUUGAAAAAUGCCAAAAAAUUUUGAGAUUAUUUUUAUUUGGAGCAAAAGACGCCUUACAAGGCACGGUGGUAAUAUUAAAAUUAGAUGAAACGAAUAAAUUAAAGAAUACAGAAAAACAUCAGAUUCGGACAGGAUCUGUUUUAGAGCAAAGACGGAGGGAAAGAUUGCAAGAAUCUGGCAUUGUACAAACGCACAAUGAAACUCCAAAAAUAUGGAGAAGGGUCGUAGACUGUUGUAUAUGGAAUGGCGGAAUAUUCUUAGUUAGUUUAUUAGCUUUCGAUUACCUGCUACUGCCAAAUCUCCAAUCUUUAACUUCCCUGGUUUUUGGCAAUUUAAACCGUGAUAAUUUCUUUUGGUCUUUUCUAACUAACUUCUUGUCGUGGUCCAUAAGUGCUUUAUGGAUUUUGCCUUUGUUUAUUAUUAGUAAAGUUCUCAACACGUUCUGGUUUCAAGAUAUUGCAGAUGAAGCUUAUAGGGUUCAACGCGGGAGAGCGUCAAAUCAGCAUAAAAUCAGUGAUUCUUUGUCGGACACUGUUUUCAGCUUAGUUAUGCAAUCAUUGUUCCUCGUUCAGAUAACUUAA